ACGCACGCCUUCUAAAUUACCAGCUUUUGUUUUUGGGAAAAUGAAACCGACCAAAGAAAGCAGUGACAGAACUCUUUCACAUAAUUUGUUGUCGCAGAAUUCUGAUCAUGUUUGGGUUGAAAAAUCAAAUAGACGCAUGAUUAUGCACUUUCAGGGGAGGGGUUCUUCUUCUUCUUCUUCUUAAAAGUUCUUCAAAACUCUUCUUUGUGCACAGAAUAUUAUUCAGUAUCUGAUGCAAAUUCUUUCAUCUGACUGUUUUAUGGCAUCCAUUGUAUUGAACGAAAAUAAUUAAGUGGAAAAGGGCAUUUGAAAAAGAAAGAUUAUGUCCGCUCCCACAUAUAAAGCUUGGCAUCCAGGAAAAGAAGAAUACUUUCCUUCACGCGAAAGAUCUUCAAGAUUCAAAACCAGGCCUAACAUGCAAAGCAAUAAGCAUGCCCAAGCUUGCUUGCACUCCCAUCCCUGAUCACUGCCUAGGACCAACGUUUAUGGGCGUAUGUUUUCUUCUAUAAUGCUUCUUCAAAUAAACAUCAGACAAUAAAAAACAAAUCGUUGCUCCCGCAGAAGUUUUGGGAACAGAAUUAUUCUCAAACGAUGGACGCUUUGCUGAAGCAAACGAGGUUGAGACUUUCUGGUGUCCACAAGGAAAAGACUGAAGAGGCUGGGAGCACUAGGGAUCGAAGAAUACCAAUUCAGAAGUCUCAAAGUUUCAAAGAGAAGAAGAAAUCUCAGAACUGGAUCCAAAGACAGUUCUCUAGGCAAAUGAGUCGGGAGUAUCACUCAGACAAUGGAAUAGAGCGUGCAGCCGCAGUAGCAGCUGCAGCAUUUGCCAUCAAGAGACUUGAAGAAACACACUUCCCAGAUCCAAAAAAGACAAGCAAACGACCCGAAACCUCUUUGACUGCAAUCAAGAGUAUAAAGGAGGAUAAACCAAGUUUGGCAGCAGAACCUGGGAGAACAUCCAAGCGAUUCUCAGGGGAAACAUCACUCAAAAUUCCUGGAAGCCAAGAAAGCGAGUUUCCAAUAACUGCAACAACAACAGCAAAGGCGCCCAUACAGCUUGUCCCUUCAAUUAAAAGGACUCCAACUCUUGCUGAGCAGUCGAGAAGCAACAUCGCUAUGAACCCCGAAACUACGCCACCGAAAUCUGAACCUCCUGUCACCUUUAAACCAACAAUACCACCAAACGAAAUCCAAAGGCAGAGUUCAUCAAAACCUUGGACCCCAACAACUGUUACCAGACAGCAGAGUUCAAUGGGAUCUGUAAUUGAAGAAACAAAAGCAGAUGCUUGGGAGAAAGCUGAGUCGGCUAGGAUCAAGGACAGGUUUGAGAAGCAGAAAUCCACGAUAACUUCCUGGGAGGAAAAGAAGAAGGCAAAAGCCAGACGCAAACUAGAUAGGACAGAGAGUGAACUGGAGAGAAGGAGGUUACAUGCCUUAGACGAAUUCCGGGAUGACAUAGAAUUCAUUGAUCAGAUUGCAGGAGGAGCAAGAGUGAAGGCAGAAGAAAAGCGAAAUAAAAAAGAGAACAAAGCAAGAGAAAAGGCAAAAAAAAUUAGAACUACGGGCAAAGAACCAAAGACGUGUUGCUGCUUCUGAAUGUGACCAGUUCAUCUGAUUUCAUGGAAUCUUCUACUUUUUCUUGGACAGUACAUCUAUAUAUAUUUUUAGUUCUGCAACCUGCAAAUAUAUGUUUCUCAAUUUCAUAGCUAACUCAAUGUGCCAAUGCUAAAGCGAUGGAAACUUCUUCAUCUGACCCGCUGUUCUACACCAAAGAGAGGUCUCCAGUUAUAGUCAAAAGUAAAAUGCUCACA